CUCUCUCUCUCUCUCUCUCACUCUCUCUCUCUCUGCGGCUGCUGCCUGCUAGAAAACAACCGACGACCCGGGUACACAGACCCUCACAGGACCGGGACCGGACCGGACCGGGACACAGGACUACAUACGAGACAGAGACCGACAGGAACCAUGACAGAGACCAAGACCCACGUGAUCCUGCUGUCCUGCGGCAGCUUCAACCCCAUCACCAAGGGACACAUCCAUAUGUUCGAGAAAGCCAGAGAGUACCUGCACAAAACAGGUCGCUUCAUUGUGAUCGGAGGAAUCAUCUCCCCGGUGCACGACUCCUACGGAAAACCUGGUCUGGUGCCCAGCAGACAUCGUCUCACCAUGUGUCAGCUGGCUGUGCAGUCCUCUGAUUGGAUCAGGGUGGACCCCUGGGAGUGUUACCAGGACACCUGGCAGACCACCUGCAGCGUGCUGGAGCAUCACCGUGACCUGAUGAAGAGAGUCACCGGCUGCAUCCUGUCCAACGUCAACACGCCUUCAACGACUCCUGUGAUUGGUCAGCCACAGAACCAGACUCCGCCCAUCUACCAGAACCACACCAACAUGAACCACAAGCCCACGGCCAUCAAACUGUGGGGGAAGGUCAGUGAGAGCUUCGGGAAGAUCUGCUGCGUCCGCCCUCACAUGGAGCGCUUCACCUUCGUGGAUGAAAACGCGAACCUGGGGACCGCCAUGCGAUACGAGGAGAUCGAGUUACGCAUCUUGCUCCUGUGUGGCAGUGACCUCCUGGAGUCCUUCUGCAUCCCUGGUCUGUGGAAGGACAGUGAUAUGGAGGUGAUCGUGGGGGAUUUCGGGAUCGUGGUGGUUCCUCGUGACGGAGCCGACACAGAGAGGAUCAUGAAUCACUCCUCCAUACUCCGCAAGUUCAAGGAUAACAUCAUCAUGGUGAAAGACGCCACGAGUCAUCCGAUGUCCAUCGUCAGCUCGACUAAGAGCAGACUGGCCCUGCAGCACGGGGACGGCCAUGUCGUGGACUACCUGAGUCAGCCCGUCAUCGACUACAUCCUGCAGAGUCAGCUGUACAUCAACGCCUCGGGAUAGAGACCACGACCCUCUAAAGAAGAACCCGAAAUAUCGCCCUUCUCUGUCUUCUGUGUCAAACACAUACUCGUCUUUGAACUGUCGCUUUCCAACAGAAGCAUUUGUGUCCCUCCUUCUGUCUGUGUCAUGUGACCUUGUACCAUCAGGGAUUGGGGAGGGGGGGUCAGGAGGGGGCAUUUCAGGAUGGGAUGGGGGGUAAUCUCUAAGGGCUGCAGAGGUGAUUGUGCAAAUAUUUCCACUGCAGAGUGACGGCAGUGUUUACUCACUCUGAUAUCUGUCUCUGUUAAAGAUUGGGGAUGCAUGACACGGCCAGGCAUGCUCAGUGUUCUGAUAUCAGGGUGCCGUUUAGCUUCAAGGGGACAGGGUUCUGGGCCUCAUGCAAGAACCAGACACCGAUUAGUCUGUGGACGUGGCAUGAACGAGUCAAAAGGAAGCUUUCUCUUCUGCUUACAGCUAACUCUGUCUGACCCUUACAUGUGAUUUUACAUGAUAAUUAUCAUGCCUUAGUCCAAACUGUUUUUAGAUUUAGGUUGUUCCAAAUUAAUGAAGCUAAUGUGGAGAAACUCGAAACAAACACAGCAGAUAUUUCAAUGUUCUAUGACUCCCUUCAGUUUGAGUCGUCUACUUUUCAAAGCUUUGUCACAUUAAUUAUCCAACUCAACGAUUUCACAGAGCAGCAAGCUGAAAAUGAAGUCCCAAAAACUGCAGUUCCCCAAAUCUCCACUUGAGGCUGUCUUCAAGAGCGAGUCAGUCCCCAUAGAGCCCCAUGUUAACAUGUCCACCUGUCCACAGACUGUGUAACUCAAUCGUUCAAGCUAAUUUAUCUAUUCACUGUUCAUUGUUAGCUAGCUAAGGAGAGCCGUUAGCUUAUUUGACUGGCUUAGAAUCAAAACAGCUAACGUAUUGACUACGUGUUAGCUAGCUAAGGAGAGCCGUUAGCUUAUUUGACCAUCUUAUAAUCAAAACAGCUAACGUAUUGACUACGUGUUAGCUAGCUAAGGAGAGCCGUUAGCUUAUUUGACCAUCUUAGAAUCAAAACAGCUAACGUAUUGACUACGUGUUAGCUAGCUAAAGAGAGCCGUUAGCUUAUUUGACCAUCUUAGAAUCAAAACAGCUAACAUAUUGACUACGUGUUAGCUAGCUAAGGAGAGCCGUUAGCUUAUUUGACCAUCUUAGAAUCAAAACAGCUAACGUAUUGACUACGUGUUAGCUAGCUAAGGAGAGCCGUUAGCUUAUUUGACCAUCUUAGAAUCAAAACAGCUAACGUAUUGACUACGUGUUAGCUAGCUAAGGAGAGCCGUUAGCUUAUUUAACCAUCUUAGAAUCAAAACAGCUAACGUAUUGACUACGUGUUAGCUAGCUAAAGAGAGCCGUUAGCUUAUUUGACCAUCUUAGAAUCAAAACAGCUAACGUAUUGACUACAUGUUAGCUAACUAAGCAGAACCGUUAGCUUAAAGAAAGUUUUGGUGUUGUUGUUUUUUGCCCCAAACAGCUAAUGUAAGCUAGCUAAGUUAAAAAAGAAGUUACAUUUAAAACAACUCCAGUGCUAAACAACAUUCAUUUCUCCGUUCAUUUGCACGUUUCACUCAAGCUAGCUCAACAGGAAGUUAAUUUUCAGACUUGGGAAUUGCUGUUCAUAUACUGACUUUAUGUUAGCUAGCAAAGCAGCUAAAUUAAUUUUGCCGGGUUGAACUGCUGGGCAGUUAGUGUAGCUUAGUAAGCUAGCUAACAACAAAUGCACUGAUUGUGUUUUAACUGAAACAUUUGAUGGUUUAUUAGUUGACUUCCUGUUAGCAUAGGAACGCUGCCUCUUGAGUUUUCUGGUGGAACAAAGAGAGGUCUAAAAUAAAAGGUUGGAGCGGCUCUUGCAUGAGGCCCCGCUGUUUUCUCUGCGUCUGAUGGAAAUCUAACACGCAGAGCUCGUGUUAAGCUCUGCUGCCGUCUCAGCCUGCUGUAACUGUAGCUAAAUCUGUACAUAGACAUCAUCAUCGUUCAGGUCAACUGUGUAACCUCCACGCUCAAGGUAUUUUAACCUGAGGGGAACCAUGGCAACAGAGCUGAUGGUCCAGGAUCUGUGAGCCGUGAGACUGACUACAAACACUUUAAAACAUGAAGAGAGACGAACUCACCGUGUUCCCUCGGCGGCCAUCUUCCUCUGGAGACAUGAUCAGGAAGCUGACAGUGAAAAUGUGGGCGGGGACAACGUAUUUGUUAGCUGUUAGCCGUUAGCUCCCUUCACACAUCAGCUAAAGCAACCAUUCAAGAUGUUCAGUAGUUCUAAGUCUAGGGGUGUAACGAUUCUUUUGAACAACGAUUCGAUUCGUGGUUGCCGAUAUGAUUAAAGGACGAUAUCGGUUCGUUUGGAACGAUACGAUCCGUAAUGAUUCAGUAACUUUUUAACCACUCUGUAGGGUCGCAUGUCUUGGUAAUUGUUGCUGUGAUGUUUUUGUCCUGAGGAUUCUGCAGAGCUGAAGUGACCCUGAUGAACGCUGUAAGAGGCGUCUGAACGGCCGGCGUCGUGUGAAAUCCCACGGCACUUUAGUUGGCGGUUGGAUAGAUUUGUGGUGUUGCCGUGGUAACUGUACCUGACCUUUACAUAUCCUACAAACAGAGAGCGACUUAUUUAGAACAUCUCUGUCUUUGAAAAGCCAAAGUGUUUCCACACACUGGACCGCCAUGGUGGCUCGAUCAUUUCUCAGACUGGGUGAACUCAGUAUUUUAUAUCAAGACCAGUCGAGACCACCACUGAUGUACUCUGUGUCCCUGUCAUUACUCUGAUAAGAAAGAACCCCUUGCCUUGGUCUUGGUCUUGACUCGGUCUCGAUCCCUAAAUGUCUUGGUCUUGGUGCACUCUGGUCUCGGACAUGUGCACCAUGGCAUGCAUGCAUGAUGUGUGUCUAACAUGAGUCUGGUCCUGCUGGAGGUUUCUGCCUGUUAAAAGGAAGUUUGUCCUCUCUGCUGUAACUAUCUAAAUACUGCGAUGUGUAAUGCUCAUGAUGGAUUAAGGUGGGGUCAGACUGAGUCUGAUCUGGUCUUGGUGUUGGGUCUCUGUUCAUAAUUUAACAUAGAGUGGUCUAGACCUGCUCUGUUUGUAAAAGAGUCUUGAGAUAACGUUUGUUGUGAUUUGGCGCUAUACAAAUAUGAGUUGAUUGAUUGAUUGAUUGAUUGAUUGAUUGAUUGAUUGAUUGAUUGAUUGAUUGAUUGAUUGAUUGAUUGAUUGAUGUCCUGGUCUCAGUUAAUGUGGUCUUGACUACAACACUACCAGCUUCUCCUCUGCCGUCCUCCAUGCUGUGUUUAGUUGUCUGUUGGUGCAUGGUGAUGACGUCACAGACAGGCAGCCUGAAUUGAGUAACGUUUAAAGUCUUUAUCAUUAAAAGUGUAAAGAAGAAACACAUCCAUAUAAAGUCUGCUGUGCUUAAAUCCCGUGUUAUGGAUACAAUCGAUUUAUUACCCUUUAAAACGAUGUUAGAUCCAUACAUGUCGUCUGGAAGGCCAACCUGCCGAGCACAGAUCGAUGUAGUCAGAUCACAGGAAUAUAAAUCAAUACAUGGAUGUAGGAGAUGAAUCGUUACACCCCUAAGUCCCAAACUGAUAUCAUUUACUUCUGUAGCAUUAGCAUUAAAGAACAUGUGCCACACUCAAACACAAAGGCUUUACCAGCCUGUAACAAACAGCCAAUCAGAGUGAAGGAUUAUGGGAGGGCACCAAAUCCCAAGGGGUCCAAGCCGCCCCGUUCCUCCGUCUGGACACGCCCCUGACUAUGUGGUGAGCCUGUGUUAAAUAUAACAAAUAUCAGAAACCUCCAUCUGUACGUCAAACAUCCCGAAACACAACAUCACAACAACGUUCCAGCUCUCUGUCCCGAUCAUGGCGUCCGAGGGGGACGGCAUGGUGAGAGCGCGCUCAGUGGACAGGUGAAGGAGAUUUUCAAGGACAAAAAGUAUCUGAGGAUGAUGACGAAGACGAAGGUGAUGAUGGUGAUGAUGAGGAUGAUGACGAAGACGAAGGUGAUGAUGAGGAUGAUGAGGAUGAUGAGGGUCCAUCCUCAGCAGCAGUGUGGUUGUUGUUGUUGUGGAGUGUAUAGGGGUGUUUCUUUCUUCUUGGUGUGCUGCUGUUAGCUCUCUUUAGACUGCAUGCUUAGACAGUUUGGUUCCGGCAUGAGCGUCCAUCACUUGGUAGAAAUCGAUCUGUUGUGAAUGUGUUUGCAUAAAGAGAAAAACACAAAAAGUAAAUCUAUAAAUAUAUUAGUAUACUCUACAGUGGGGAUCAUCGUCGCCCACGCUCGCUCAUUUUCUAUCCACUCUGUAAAUGAACAGAUCAACGCCUCGUCCCUGUGACAUCAACAUCUGUUUGCAAAGAUUUGUACAUUGAUUCAUGGUUCCUCUGUGUGUGUGUGUGUGUGUGUGUGUGUGUGUGUGUGUGUGUGUGUGUGUGUGUGUGUGUGUGAAGCAGAGUAUUAGUCACUUUUAGUUGUAACAAGUAGCUGAUAAUGAAUCUUGUGUUCUGUUUUAAUCUGCCUUCUGUUGCUCAGACUUCAUUUGAUUGUAAACUGUAAUGCACUCUUAAAAAUGACGUGUCA